AAUGGCUGUCUUACUAAGCAUUUGUGCGUUAAUUUUCGUCUCGCAAAUAACACAACGGGGCGAAUGCUUGGUUGAGCAAGCUAUCUUUCAUACAAAGGAGCAAACUUACUUAGCAAAUCAUGUCAUCCAAACGAGACAGGCAGAAACCGAACUAGAGUGUAACAUGCAUUGCGUCGCUGAUGGAUCAUGUGCAUCAGUUAAUUAUAAAACGUCUGGAAUCGGCAAAGGUCUGUGUGAAAUCAACAGCAAAACAUUGGAAGAUAUAUUUGAUGCGGAUGGAAGUCUCCAUAACCCUGAGUUCAACCAUCUUUAUAUAAUCGAAAAGGUAUGAAAAAUAGAGCAUUAUUCGAUACUGUUGUAUGUAGUUAUAUAAAAGGUUGCUUGCGUGUUAUAACAGUGCUGGGUGUUAGUGAUAUUGAGGUUAUAGUGAGGGGCCGAUUACAUGGACCGGGCUUGCACGCUUGCCGAGGCACUAGUUAUUACAAAGCUAGAUUAUUGUAAUGUUGUAUAUAAUCCUCUUCCUAAAUAUUUAGCUAAAAGGCUCCAGCGUGUACAGUAUGCGGCAGCUGGUUUUGUCGCUUCUAAAUGGAUCAUGCAGUGACGUUAAGGAACUUAUUAAACUAGGCUGGUUACCUUUGGAGGAAAGAAGGGAGUGACAUUUACUUUAAGUCACUCAUAAAGCUCCGUACAGUGAUAAUUGGCCUAAUCACCUUAAACUAAUUAGAGUAAAGUCACUCCCACACACUACGGUCAUGCUCUGCUCCUAAAUUGCAUAUUCCAUUAAUAUCUAACACCUUGCAGGAAUCAUCAAGCUCUUUCAAUGCUUUACCAGAUGACAUAAGGGUUUGUUGUGAUUAUAAUCAAUUUUGUAAUAUGACUAAACGUUAUUUAAGGUUACAGAACACCUUUGAGUGUUAAUUUUGCCUAAAUUUUUUUAUUGCUUUCAAUGAAAUCUGUCCAAGUUUGGACGAAAAAUGUUGAAAAUUCGCAGAGUUAUUUAGUAAAAUACAUUUCGCUGCAAUAAGAAAAACAUUGAAAAUGUAAUAUUCAAAUUCAAUUUUCUCCCGACAAAUUUUACGGUAAUUACUGAUUUUCAAACGAGUUGUACUCCUGCGAGUUUUAACCAAUUUUUCUCAAAUUUUCACAGGACAUAGGUAAAUACGUCAGUUUCAAAAUUGUGUUCGUCUUUUUUUUAAUUUGGAUAUUUUAAAAAUAAAGAGCAAUUUACUCACACAAUUCAGAAAUAUAUUGCAGUCGUCAAAUAAAUCGCCAUAUCAGCGGAAUGACGAAAUAAACAAAAAUUUCCGAACACAAUUUUUUAGAACAACUAUUUUACUGUAUAAAAAUUAUAUUUUCAAAAAUAUAACUUAAAACCAGCAGGAGCACAACUCAAAAGCGUAAAGGUACCGCGAUUUAAGAUUUUCCUGAAUAAUUCUUACAUUAUUUUAUUGUUUGUUAAUUUUACAACUUUACCAUAUUUUGCAUGCACUGGAGAACAUUUGGUGAAAAUUUGAUGAAAAUCGGACUGAUAUUGAGCGCGCAGUAGCGAUUUUCCGCAAAACGCCAAAAAGGGUGUCCUGUAACCUUAAUGCAUCGUGUCAUGAAUUGAUUAUCAUCCUAAAUAUGACUAUUGAAGCUCUACCUAUUUUAUCUAGUUUAUAAAUUUAUGCAUGUGUACUAUAGAAUUGAAACAUUAUGUCCUUAUAUGCAUUUAGUUAAGAUUCAGUUGGUGAAGAGCCAUUCGUGGAAAUACUAAGAACGGAACUGGCGUUUCCGUUCGUCUCCUCUUGUUUGAUUACCUCAACGCCUUUGACUUGAUUGAUCACAACAUCCUGGUUCACAAAAUCCGGAAGCUCUCAAUUCCUCUACCUAUUAUUAAUUGGAUUAUCGACUUUCUUACAUCUAGGGAACAACGAGUUAAACUCGCCAGGGAUUGUUUCUCCGAAUGGGGAAAAGUUCCUUCCGGAGUUCCCCAAGGGACAAAACUAGGCCCAUGGCUCUUUAUACUCGGGAUAAACGAUCCGAAUUUAACUGAUUUCCAAAUGUGGAAAUAUAUUGACGAUACUACUGCUGCUGCUGAAGUAAUAUCAAAAGACAGUCACAGUACCAUUCAAACAGGAGUAAACCAGUUGGAAGACUGGACUGUGCAGAAUAAACUCCAACUUCAAGUUCCAAAAUGUAAAGAACUACUGUUUCAGUUUACGACAGUUAGAAGCCCCUUUCCCAAUGUUGUCCUAAGUUCUGGAAUUCUCGAACUAGUUGAUCAUGCUAAAGUUUUGGGACUGACAAUCAGUAACGACUUGAAAUGGUCCAAACACGUUACCGAAAUGAUCAAGAAGGUCAACAAACGAAAAUACUUCAUUAUACAGCUUAAACGCGCAAAAGUGCCCGCCAAAGUUAUAAUUAACUUUUACUGCACAUCGAGUACAGCUGCGAAGUUUUCCAUUUUGCCCUCCCUACCUAUCUUAGUGACGCCAUUGAGCAAGUCCAAAGAAGAGUCACCUCAAUAAUUUUCCCAGGCUUGCCGUAUCCCGAGCGUUUGCAAAAAUGCAACCUUAUUCCCCUCAGUGAUCGGCGAUACAAAGCCUACUCAAAACUAUUCAAUCAACUCAUCAACAAUCCACAUCAUAAAUUAUCAUCCCUUCUGCCAGAACGUUACUCUGCGAACUACGAUUUUAGAAAAACUCGAGAGUUUCAUCUUCCAAAGAUAAAAACAGAUAGAUUUUUAAAAACUUUUAUACCGGCGUGCAUCAAAGAAUUUUCUUAGAUACUCAAUUUUAUAUAACCUUUUAACAUAAAUUUUCAUAAAUCUAUUUAUAAAUACUUAUAGUAUAUAUUUUAUUAACUUUCUAUUUAAAAUGUUCCUGUAAAUUAUAGCUCUAUAGAACUUAACCUCUUUUGUAAAAUAACACGCAAUUCAGUCAUUGUAGACAGCAAUAUAUUUCUUUUUAAUAAAUCUAUCUACUUCUGAAUAAAUUCAUUAUUAUUAUUAUUAUUAUUAUUAUUAUUAUUAUUAUCAAAGUUUAAACGAAUGCAAAUUGCAUGUUGAUCUUCCUGGAUUUGAAAGCCCCUCGAUUAUUACGGGAGAUGAAUAUCGUCCUGAUUUACUUGUCUCUACUUCAGACAAACACCUCUACGUUGUUGAACUUACCGUAGGCUUUGAAUCAAACCUCACAUGCAAACAAUGUUAACCGCAAUAAAGCUAAAUAUAAAAACCUAAUUAGAGAACUGGAUCAAAACUUUACAUUAGUUAAAUUUAUAAAUCUUUCUGUCAGUUCGCUAGGGGUGUUUGACAAAGAAUGUCAUACAUUCGUAAAAAUGCUAAAUGAGUUAGGACUGGAUAAUCAAUACCAACAAUAUUGUAUCAGAAAAAUUAUAUCUAUUGCCAUCCGAUCAACGUACUACAUAUUUUGCUGUAGAAAUAAAGAAUGGACAAAUCCCGAACUAAUGAACAUUUAAAGUAACUAUUUCUAUAAAUAAGUAGCAAUUUUUGUAUAUAAAAUUAUAACCAUGCAUGUAUAAGUGAUUCUAGUAGUCAAUUGUAGGUUACCUCAAGAAGUGAGAUUUACAAUUGUAUAUAUCUAUAAAUGUUCUAUUAAUAAAGUUUUCAUUAUUAUUAUUAUUAUUAUUAUUAUUAUUAUUAUUAUUAUUAUUAUUAUUAUUAUUAUUAUUAUUAACAAAAACAUCCAGAAAGAACAAAACAAAACAUCCAGAAAGGUUUCACUCCAAAACUCUCAGGAACACUAGAACAUACUGUUCAGAUGGCACAUAUAAUUAACACAGCGCGUACCAAGCAACGAUCUAUAGUUAUUACAUUACUCGAUCUUAAAAAUGCAUUUGGCGAAGUCCAUCAUAACCUCGUUUACGAAGUCCUUGAUUAUCAUCACGUUCCUAAUCACAUAAAGAACCUUAUCUGCAGUCUUUACACUGAUUUCCAAACUUCCAUCAUAACCGAACAGUUUAACACCCCCUUCAUUACAGUCGGUCGUGGCGUUCUUCAAGGCGAUUGUCUCAGUCCACUUUUAUUCAACAUGUCAUUCAAUACUUUCAUACAACAUAUUAAAUCUGAAAAAUACCGUCAGCUUGGUUUUUGGAAAUUAAGUGAAAUUGGCAUUCCGUGCAAUCCUAUACAUUGGUUUCAGUUUGCAGACGAUGCUGCUGUCAUCAGUAGCCAAGAGAAAGAAAAUCAAAUGCUCCUUAAUCGUUUUACAAUCUGGUGUCAAUGGGCUAAUAUGAUUAUACGCGUUGACAAAUGUUCAACAUUUGGCAUUAAAAAACACUUAACUAAAUCUAUCCAGUAUUUACCAAAGCUUUUCGUUAAUAACUAUCUUGUACCCAGAACCGAAAUGGGCAAAUCUUUCCGUUACUUAGGUCGCUAUUUCGAUUUCAAUAUGUCUGAUGAGGAACACAAAUCGGAAUUACUCGACGUGUUUAAUGACAUCAUGAAUAAAAUUAAUGAACUACCUUUACACCCGAAAAAUAAAAUUCUACUAUACAGUCGUUACUUGCUGUCAAAGAUAUCCUGGGAGUUCACUGUUUCUGAUAUAUCUAAGACCUGGAUCUGCGAAACGUUAGACAGUAUUGCGACAAAAUAUAUCCGAAAAUGGCUGGAACUUCCUGUCUUUGCAACCCUUAGCAACGUGUUGCUUCCACAAAACAAAUUUGGUCUGAAUAUUAUUCUCCCUUCGACAAAAUUUAUCCAAUGUCAAAUUGUCUCUCGAUCAGCUUUAAAAUACUCACCAAACGUAGAUAUUAACAAUCUAUGGGCGGUGACGAGCACCAACAAGAACAUACAGUAUGACAUUUACAAAGACACAAAAGACGUACUUAAGGUGGCUCCCUACAGUUAUUCUUGUUUAAGCAAUAAUUCCGUAAAACAGGCAUGUUCGUGCAGAACGCGAAUUUUUUUCGACUUGGUGGUAAUAUUGGUCACCAAAGGAAUAUUUCGAACUAGAUUUCGACGAUGUCAAUGUUCCCAUGGCAACAUAACGACAGCAUAAAACCUUCAAUUUAACCCAUAAAUGUGCCGCUAUCUCAAAAACGAUGUCGGUGACCUAUCUAUUUUAUUUCAUAUAUCAAUAAGGAAUGAUGCUCUGCAACUGUGGUGAAAUUUUAAAAAAAUUCUGUAGUGUGUGAUUUUUUUAAAAGCGAAAAAUUUAUUGCGAAAUUUGCACACUACAGAUUUUUUUAAAAUUUGAAAUUUAUAAAAUUUACCGCAAAAUAAAUUCGUGGUCAAAAUUUGAAGAUAGGUCACCGAUGAAACUAAUGAGUAAAAUGAAAAUAAAGUUAGAAAAUAGCCUCGUGUAACUCGAGAAAUUCUCCUAUUGAAAAGCGUCGCUGACUAGUAAAAGAUUGUACGCGGGCGCAGAACGAGUUUUCAUUCAGCAAAAUCGAGCCGCAAUGUUGUUCUUACUGUUUUGUUUUUGUCAACUUUUCGAUUUAUUUGAGUGCUAUGGACAGCCAAGGAUUAUUGUGAAGGAUUAAAUCGAUGAAAACAAGGUUGAAGCUAAUUGAAUCCUGCCGUUUACUCAAUCUAUGAGCUGUAACAGCCUAUCAACAGGUGGACGUGUUUUUUUGUUUCAUGUUUGGUUUUGUGCUUUUUGCUCAAAAUGAACAAUUAGGCUAUGAAACUGAAAUAUUUUUCUGUUUACAUAUAAUCAAUUUAAUCUUGUAGAAACACGAACGUUUUCAUGAGAAGUAAACAACUUUUUAAACGUUUGUAUGCAAUUUUGCAAAUAUUUUACAGUUGAGUCAGUUGACAGUGUAUAAAAAUAUUCAAAAUAUUGUUUCGUAACUAUUUUUGGUCUAGUGAUAUUCGUAUCAUAUGUAGAAUUGCUGUAUAUACUCGCAAGUGAUUUGGCACUCUAAACGAAGUAUUAUUCAUCUCUUUUUUCCAUUAGAAACCUUUCAUAAAUAGCUUUAUUUUUAAAAAAAGGAUGGUCAAUUUUUGUUUUGUUUUGAUCAUGCAGUUGCGUGAGAUAGUUCACGUACUUGUCCCGCGAACAUGCCGCGCGGAACUGUAGGGAGCCUCCUUAAGGCAGUUGGAAAAGAAAACGAACAAAGACUUCAAAACCACCUCAUUUCACAAGGUUCUUUCUUUUCCAGUAUCAUGAAUCAUUCCACAUCCACAUUCAACUCUUUAUGGUCAUCCGUUCAGAGCAAACUUCCGAAAAACAUUUUUAACUUCACCAUCCGAUAUAUCAAUAACACACUUCCAACACGAAAGAACCUAUCAAAAUGGGGACUAUCAUCAACAUCCGAUUGCUCUUUCUGCUCCUCACCUGAAACGCUGCUCCAUGUGAUUGCUGGAUGUAAGACAUAUUUAGACGAAGGCCGGUUUACAUGGCGACACGAUUCUGUUUUAAAUUUCCUCGCAUCCACUCUUACUGCUGUGAAAAAUUCCACCCUUUACGCGGACAUUCCUGGUUUUAUGAAUCCAUCUGUUAUCACGGGAGAUCGUUUACGACCUGACCUUCUGCUGGUGACUGAAAACAGAUGUCUAUACAUCCUCGAGCUUACAGUCGGUUAUGAAUCCAAUCUGCUAGUUAACGCCAAUCGUAAGCGUCAGAAGUACCGUGAUCUAAUCAAUGAGCAGGAAGCAGAUUAUGCAUGAUAAAGUCAAGUUCGUCAAUUUAUCCUUGAGUACCCUCGGAGUUUUUGGCCGAUCUUGUGAAAAUUUCGAUGGCAUGCUAAGUAGCCUUAAAUGUGAUGCCAAGUAUAGUAAAUACAUAAAAAAGCAAAUCGUGAACAUAUGCAUACGAACAUCAUAUUAUGUAUUUUGUAAACGAAACAAGGUGUGGGAUAACCCAAAAUUAAUGUUAAUAUAAUCCUUCUUAAAAUAACUAUUGUACAAUAAAUAUAUAGUAUCAAUUCAAGUAGACAUUGAUAAACUACCUGUAAAGCGAGGUUUGUCAUUGUAGUUGUAUAUAUCCUAAUAAUCAAUAAAUAAAGUUUCCAUUAUUAUUUAAGUCCGUAAAAUUUGUAAAUUUGUCAAUUAGUUCUUUUAGCGUUUUCUCAAAAGAAUGCCAUUCCUUUUUAGAUAUAUGUUAACUGAUCUAGGUCUUGAUAAAAGACACCAAUAUUUCGCUAUCAGGAAAAUUAUGUCUAUCGCGAUUAGGAUAACAUAUUAUAUAUUUUGUUGCAGAGAUAAGGACUGGUUAAAUCCGGAAUUAAAGAUACUCAUUAUUAAUAUAUAAAUAUUAAGUAGGUUCAAGUAGUCAAUUAUAAAUUACCUAAAUUAGUGAGAUUUAUAAUUGUAUAUAUAUACGUAUAUAAUUUCAAUAAAGUUUCCAUUAUUAUUAUUAUUAUUAUUAUUAUUAUUAUUAUUAUUAUUUUUAUUAUAGCACGCAUACUAUAAUCUCAUAUAAAUUUUAAGUUUCGAUUACAUGGCAGCCUCGCAACCGGGCUGGUCCGGCUAGCCAGGCUGAAAUUCGCCAUGUAAUCGCAUCAGCCCGGCAUACAGGGCUGAAAUUUGGAAACGCACGGUUUUUAUUUUGAAAAUAUAAACAAUAAUAGCACAAAAAAAAACACAAAAUUGAACUAAAAAAUUCAAAAAUAAACUCUUAAACGUUUUAGAUAGUGAAUCGACUGGACUUAGUGGAGCAUAACCGAAGAAAUGUAAUCGGCCCCUUAGUGGACAUGUUUUCAUCUACUUAUAAAGCAGACAUUGAAAUAUGAAUCAUAUCGGUCAGUGUCGUUCUUCGAUCAUGUUUAACUCGGCCUCAACCCACUGUAUUGUUUCUGGAAAUUAGGGUUCUCUGGGCCGGGAUAUAUGCAUGUUUAGACAACCAACUAGCACUUAUGAAUUUUCUAUAUUCACUAUAUAGUGCUAGCGUUAUAGACGAAUGAAAGAUCCUUAAGUGUAUUGAGAGUUGUAAAUGGUGGAUUUUUAGUGUAUUUUUCGAACCAUUAGUGUUCUAUAAUUCGAAAAAGACGAUUCUAUAAGGAAAUUGGGGUUAAAUCAUUUUGCGUCGUUAUAAACACUGAGCAGAUUAGCUAUAUAACAAACGUACUUGCAGGGAGGUGAGUCCGGGAUUGGACGCACCGAGGGUGGCUGGAUGUUUCCCGAACUUACCGAGCGAAGCGAGGUGAGUUCGGGAAACUUCCAGCCACCCGAGGUGCGUCCAAUCCCGGACUCACCGAACCUGCAAGUACGUUUGGUUUUUAUCCCAUACACCGAGCCAUACACACAUUUGUAGCUCUUCGCGAUAUAUUCGUCGAUGUUUUGUGAACAUUUUCCCGGCCAAAAAAAUCACUGGGCAAGAAAAUACUUCUUUAUCUACGUCUACAUUACCUUUACUGCAUUUUUUCUUUGGUUUUUCUUCAGUCCCAGUAUGCUAGUCACCGAAAAAAGUUCUUUAAAGUUUAGGUUUAUCGGCUAAAUCUUGUCCGCCAUAUUUGUUAUUGUUAUUGCAACGUAAGCAGUUUAGCGGGUGAGUUCGGGCGAAAAGCAGGUGAGUUCGGCAAAAAGCAGGUGAGCUCGACGACAAGCUCACCUGCUCUAAACCAAUCACAAAGCCGCUUUUAACACAGGUAUGGGAUAAGACAUGCAGCUGUCCAUUGCAUACUCCCUCUGAAUUAAAAUAAUUUUAAUUUUUAGAGCUGGAAUCAAAAUUCCCAUUAAAUAGUUUAUAUAACUAUGUAUCCUAGUUUUUCUCGUUAUUUGUGAAUAUAUGCAAAGAGUAAUUUGUGUAAAACAGCAUUUGCUGCAUGAGAGAUAAACAGUGCGCUAAAAUAAAGUGAAAGAUCUAUGUAGAGUCGUCAAAAAUCUAUGUAGAGUAGUGAAAAUAUUUUGAAAAACUCAGCGAUUUUCAACAAUUUUCAAGACAAUAUACAUUUUCUUUUAAAUUGACAUUUCAGUUGAACAUUUCCUACAAAGCGCCCAACGUUGCUAUUUAAACAUAGACCUUUUUCAAAUGAUAUGUAAACAAACUUCUAUGUUUUGGGCAGGCAUAUAAUGUGAAAAGCUCACUUAACAUAUUACAACAGCUGCAUAAAGAUACAUGUAUGAAAAUUAUGUUCAUAUAAUAAGCAAAUAUACAUGCAAAAUUUCUUUAUAUAGCAAUACGCUAGUUUAUAUAAGAACCUAUAAAUUUGACAGGCUUGUGCCGCGCAGUAGUAUAAGAAGCAUUGCAUGCAGGCAUGUCCAUCUAUAAAAGCCCAUUCAAGGAGGCAAUGAUAUAUUGCAGAUAUGUUAUAGAGAAGGUUUCAAAACUCAAAGAACAAGUUCACAAUAAUGCACAAAUUGUAUUGCAUUCGGUCUUUCACUUUUUAUAACAAUACUAAAUGCUAUAUCCUUUUACACAUAAGGCGUACGGGGUUGAUGCUUAACACGGGGCAGUUGAAAGUUUGCCAGAAUUUUGAUGAAGAACUGUAUAAAACACGUUCUAGAGCAAAGUGAAAUAUUCUAUUUAACUGAAUUCCGCACAAAACCUAAGCAAAUAUGCUGUUUUUGCACGAAAUUUGACCAAUAUGCUGCUAAUAAUUGGAAUAUAAUGAGAUUCUUGCAAUCUGUCUAUUCAUUCAUGCGGGAUUCCCUACAUUUUAUUAAUAUUUGCAACAAAACCCAACAAAAUCAAGAACUGCAGCAUUGCAAGAAAUUAGGAAAUUUUAAUGAAAUUGAAUGAUCUUGAAGCAAAUGAGAAUAGCAAUGCCGUUUAUUGUAAAAUCACGCAUAUUUAGCAGGAAUGGGAAAUUAUCUUGUUGACAAAUCUUUAAUAUAAUACUAUAUUUUGCAACCCGAAUAAAAACGAAGACAAAACGGAGAUAUUUUGCCCGAUAUUGCAAUUACGAAGCAUUUAUAUUUCUCACUGCAAGUUGGCACUGCAUUUGUAGUGACAAAUUGGCAAUUUGAAAAUUUGGCACUGCAAUUGCAGCGACAAAUUGAAAAUUUGGCACUGCAUUUGCAGCGUCAAAUUGAAAAUCUGGCACUGCAUUUGCAGCGCCAAGUUGAAAUUUUGGCACUGCAUUUGCAGCGACAAAUUGAAAAUUUUGCACUGCAUUUGCAGCGUCAAAUUGAAAAUUUGGCACUGCAUUUGCAGCGCCAAGUUGAAAUUUUGGCACUGCAUUUGCAGCGACAAAUUGAAAAUUUGGCACUGCAUUUGCAGCGCCAAGUUGAACUUUUGGCACUGCAUUUGCAGCGAAAAAUUGAAAAUUUGGCACUGCAUUUGCAGCGCCAAGUUGAAAUUUUGGCACUGCAUUUGCAGCGACAAAUUGAAAAUUUGGCACUGCAUUUGCAGCGCCAAGUUGAAAUUUUGGCACUGCAUUUGCAGCGGCAAAUUGAAAAUUUGGCACUGCAUUUGCAGCGCCAAGUUGAAAUUUUGGCACUGCAUUUGCAGCGGCAAAUUGAAAAUUUGGCACUGCUUUUGCAGCGCCAAGUUGAAAUUUUGGCACUGCAUUUGCAGCGCCAAGUUGAAAAUUUGGCACUGCAUUUGCAGCGACAAUUUGAACAUUUGGCACUGCAUUUGCAGCGCCAAGUUGAAAAUUUGGCACUGCAUUUGCAGCGACAAAUUGAAAAUUUGGCACUGCAUUUGCAGCGCCAAGAUGAAAUUUUGGCACUGCAUUUGUAGGGACAAAUUGAAAAAUUGGCAGCCGCACUGCAAUCUUAUUUGUCUUCGUUGUUUACUGAACAAUGCCAAACAAGUUUGAAUAAAAAAAGAUAAAAAUGGCGCUUUCCAUUAGCAUGGCCAAACCGGUCAGAACGGUCAAAUUGUUGAAUGAAACACAAAACAUUUGGGCUUCGGACCUAUCUAACCGAAUAUUUUUGAUAACAUUAGAUUGAGGUCCAUUUUCGCUAGACAUUUGAGAAACAUAGAUGCUGAGAAAAGUAUUCAGGUCUGACCGGUCAGGCCAUUGAAUGGAAAGCGCCCAUAGAUGAAAUAUUGGAGUCAGUUAAUGUUUUCCCAAUAUAGAUUGUUUAAUUCAAUAUGACUUGAUAUAUUAUUUAUGUCAGAAAAAAAUGUGUUUGUCUGAAAAAUGCUGCCAUUUAUUAAUUAAGGUAGCAGUUUAUUACAUUUUGUUUGUUACUGUAGUUACUGAGUUCAGGUGAUUUAUUAUUUUAGUCUCUGACUCUCUGUAAAACCAACCUCACCUUUACCACGGAUUUUUCAGAAUAAUUAACAAUUAUUCGCCGAAGGCGAGGUGAUUAUCGGUGAAUAAAAACCGAGACGAAGUCGAGGUUUUUAUUCACGAUAAUCACCGAGCCUGAGGUGAAUAAGUGUUUUAGUAUAAUUUCAUAGGUGAUUAUUUGGAAAAAAAAUUUAAAAUGCACAUUUCUUCGUCAUUUAAUUGACAAAACGGCUUCGGCCGCCAUUUUGAAAAUUGCUUAGGUGAUUAUCGCGUAAUAAUCACCUCAACAGCAACCAAUCAGCGUGGAGAAUUUUCAAUAAUCACCUAUGUAAUUAUACUAAUACACUUGUUAUGCCCUUCAACAGACAAGCCACUCCCCAAGAGCACUACAUGCAUUUUGAUCACAUGUUGUGAUUUGUCUGCCUUCAAACAUCUAAGAGUUCUUCAUACAACUUUACUGGCUCUUGUCUUAAUGUAAGUCAUAUGUAAUACCACUGUCUUUUUCUUUGCUGAUCAUUUCCUCGGGAACAGAAAAGGGAAGGUUUAGCUUGUGAGUAGACAUUGCUCUGCCAAAAAUAAAUUAUUUUAGUGGAAUUAUGGCCAUUUGAAUAUUCAUCCCUAUAGUAUAUAUAUAUAUAUAUAUAUAUAUAUAUAUAUAUAUAUAUAUAUAUAUAUAUAUAUAUAUAUAUAUAUAUAUAUAUGUGACAAAUGCCAGUACUCUGCUCAGCCGACAAGACUUCAUAUGUGACAAACAGAACGGCUACGUUUGAAGAAGUUUAUUAAAAAAAGGUAUAUUAAAUACAAAAACUAUUUUAAAAAAUAUUGUAUUUAAUAUACCUUUUUUUAAUAAACUUCUUCAAACGUAGCCGUUCUGUUUGUCACAUAUAUAUAUAUAUAUAUAUAUAUAUAUAUAUAUAUAUAUACAUGAACUUGUGGUUAGAGCUUGACAACUGGUGUCAAGGUGUGUUGGUUAGAGUGUUGUACUGCCAUUACCGGAAUUUGCAGUAGGUUCGAUUGCUGCCAGGGACCUGUAUCAGUUGCAUUUUUUGCAACUUAUCCUGGUUAAGUCUAACAAAUGUAUAAAAUUUCUACUCAGUAAUUUACAUCAUUAGACUACAAGACACUUCAACUACAUAAUUGUAGAGUAGAGCACAUCAAAUAUUAAGAGGCAGUUAAAUGUAUUCAAUUUUGGAAAUCUGUCUUCAAAUGUGAUUCAAUAUGUAAUCUAGCACAGUAGGCAGACAUCUACACAACUUAACUAUACAUUGAACAUUGAACGAACAAGGAAAACUUGUGUCAGUCAAUGUCUGGCAAAUAGCCUUUGACUUUGAUAUCAGAUAAACAUGAUAAACAAUAUAUACAUAGUUUCUAAGUUAGGCAAGGCAUGAGCAAACUAAGAAUUUGGCACCCAUCCCUGCAGUUCUCAUUCACCCUAACAUUGGAACGACUGGAAUCGUGUACAGGUAUAAAUAUGUUUCAUUUCAUAGCUCAAAUCACCAAAAUUGCACAAUUAUGGUGUAAGGAAAAUAUUAGACAUUUAGUUUUAAUAAUAUAUACUCAUUAAUAAUUAGCCGGCUUAAACCAUUGACAUGUGGUUUCACCUGGUCUGAAGAGUUGGUCCACAGUGAUUGAGUCUGUGGCAUUUAAAUUUUAGCUAUCUGGGGCCAGAUGUUCAAAGCUAGGUUAGCAUUAACCCAGGGUUAGCAAUAACCCGAACAGUUAACAGGCCCCUUGGGGACGACUGGCAUUAUGUAUAGAUAUGUUUCAUUUGAUAGUUCAAAUCACCAAAAUUGCACAAUUAUGGUAUAAGGAAAAUAUUAGUUUUAAUCAUAUAUACUCAUUAAUAAUUAGCCGGCUUAAACCAUUGAUAUGUGGUUUCACCCGGUCGGAUGAAUUUGUUCACAGUGAUUGAGUCUGUGGCAUUUAAAUUUUAGCUAUCUGGGGCCAGUCGUUCAAAGCUGGGUUAGCAUUUAAACUUAGGGUUAGCAAUAACCCAAACAACAGGCCCCUUGGGGACGACUGGCAUUAUGUAUAAAUAUGUUUCAUUUGAUACUUCAAAUCACCAAAAUUGCACAAUCAUGGUGUAAGGAAAAUAUUAGAUUUUUAGUUUUAAUCAUAGUUCAAAGCUGGGUUAUAAAUAACCCCAAACAACCAGCCCCUUGGAGACGGUUUUUAAAAGUUUGGUUAGCUUAACCAUAGGUUUAUUAGUUUAUUUAGCUUUUUAUACAUAAGCUAAAAUUCACAGCAAACUUCCUGACAGCAAUGGCUUGUCUAUUAAUUUGGAAAUAUUUUUUCAGAGAUCUAGUCUGGAUCGGUGUUUUAAAUACAACCGACCCCUGAUGAGCGGUUUUAAAGCGCCAGCAUAAAACCGCUAAAUAUUUAAUACUACACUGGGUUUAUACGAAAGAAUUCUGUCAGGUUUUCCUUUGAUAAAAUUUGUUUAAUAUAUUAAUAAAGCCAGCCAAACAAUGCAGCUGUGAGCUGACACAUCGUGAUGCUAUUAUCCCCGAGCCGGCGGCGCGAAGCGCCGUGCGAGGGUACUAAUUCCCCACGGCUAUUUACACCCGGGGAAACGAAAGCAUUAGCGAAGUCUAAAGUUCAUCAAAUAUCGCGGGCGUGGCUCACCAACGAUGUUUCGGUGGGUGGUCAUCCUCACUGAUCUCAAAAAUAUGGCGGACUGUCAUGAAUAGCGGACACUGAUUGGUCCAAUUUAAAGUUUGCAUUAUAACGACUGCAUGCCGACAGCGAAAUAGCAAACAUUUCUUGAUUUGAUGAUUGAUAAAUUUCUUGCAAAUAUAUUUCAUUUUUGCUCGCAUUUUGGCAAGAAUUUGUAAAUUUCAAAAGCUCUCUCAGAAAGAAACUGCGAAAGAAUCGGCUAAAAGAAGGGAGCCGACGUUAACGAAGGUAAGUUUGUUUUAAAUAUUUGAUUUUAUAAUGGCUUUAAAACCCGACGGCCUUUGCGUAUGAAAUAACUAACAAGACAGCAUAUAAUUUCAUUGUAUGUUUAAUAUGAUAUUCAAAUUUUUAAGUAAAAAAGAAAGCAAAGUUAUUUGCAAGCGAAAAUUUGAAAUCAUUUUAUUGCAAACUCAAAGUUUAUCGAUAAAUUAAGCCAUUUUAAAAGGCAGAUUAGUUUUAAUAUAAAGAACACUGGUGACUUUAAAACGUUUUGCGAAGCGUUUGUGGUUGAAUUUUACCUUAAAUUGAGGCUUAUAUUACGUAUAAUAACAUACCUAACAUAUAUAUGUUGAGAAAUUAAUAAUUUUGUAAUUAAAAGUGAUUUUUUCAGGCGAUUUUUCAUUUGCAAGAAUAUUGAAUAUUCUUAAAAAAUUAUUGUGUUACCAUGACAACUACUUUAGAUACUUCAUGUUCGGAAAAUACAGUGGUUUUGUCAGCAAGGCGAGGGUUUCUGCAUGCAUGCAUUUUCUAGUAAUUUAAUAAAACGAGAGCUAAACUUGCAGCAAAAUGCAAAUAUGGAGCGAUGCAUAUAAACAGCAAAACGUACUAAACUAUAAAGCACACAACAUACAGUACCUUUAGUCUCUGCCUUUAGCCGGCGUGUCGCUUUCAGAAUUCAGACGGCAAAUUCAUAGUCCAAAACAUAUUCUUCGAUACUCCUCUUUGCACCAAGAAUAAGUUACAUGUUUACGUAGUCUGUAUUAGCGUGUGCUAUUAUACUAAACAAUACGUUUUACUCCGCAUAAAAACUGUUCAUAUAUUGGCAUAAAUUUUCGAGUAAAUUUUAGCUUUGUCAGCUCGUAACGCGCGUUUGUCUGUCAAGGUUAGCACUCUAACCAACUGAGCUACAGAGGCCAGCUGUUAAGCUGUAACAGCAAGUUCAUGUAUAUAUAGGUAAUCCGGUGUGCGGGUUGUGAUAAGGUGGACUUCAAUAAUUUGGAUUCUUGCACUUCACUUGGUGGAAUUAAUAUUAGAAUGUUAGGGUUUGUAAUCCAAGUGAGAAUAAUAUAUAUACAUUUUAAGACCUAACCAGGAACGACUGCGAAAAGUGCAGCACAAGGUCCUCUGGUAGGAAUUGAACCUACGGCCCUGCGAAUCCGGUGCAGCGCUCUAACCAACUGAGCUACAGAAGCCAGCUGUUGAGCUGUAACCGCAAGUUCAUGUAUAUAUAGGUAAUGUUGAUAGUUCGUCGCAUUGGCCGUUUUUAUACUAGAGACGCAUUAUGCGUCUGGACGCAUAAUCCGUCUUCUACAUUAUUGUCUAAUAUUAUUCCCGUCUUUAUACUAGACGAAUAAUGUAGAAGACGGAUUAUGCGUCCAGAAUCAUAAUGCGUCUCUAGUAUAAAAACGGCCAAUGUCUUGAGUUGGUGCUGCAAUUGAAGUGCCAAUAAAUUAACGUUAUAGUCUAUAUAGAUCAUAUGUCAAUGCCUUCAGUUGGCGCUGCAAUUGCAGUGCCAAUAAGUUAUACUGUAGAUCAUAUGUCAAUGCCUUUACUUGUUAGUUGGCGCUGCAAUUGCAGUGCCAAUAAGUUGUAUAUCAUAUGUCAAUGCCUUUAGUUGGCGCUGCAAUUGCAGUGCCAACAAGUUAUAGAUUAUAUCUAAAUGCCAUGAGUUGGCGCUGCAAUUGCAGUGCCAAUAUGUUGUAGAUUUUAUGUCCAUGCUUUCGAGUUGGCGCUGCAAUUGCAGUGCCAAAAUAUAGAUUUUAUGUCAAUGCUUUAGGUGACUGUAAUUAGUGUAAACUAUUUUGUAUAUAAAUGUCAGGAUGAUGCUAAAACGACCAAUUUAUAUCGAAUCUUGCAACACUUCAUUUGUUGUGGCAAAUUAUUGUCUAAAUUUGGCUUUUUAGCAUUAACGAAACGAAUUUUGUUCAUUUGUUGACAAUUUUUAGAAUUUUGGUCAAAUUUGGCAUGAAUUUUCUUAAAUAGAAUAUUUCACUUUGCUCUGGAACGUGUUAUAAUGAAAUAAGCUGAUUUUAACGUAUUUUCUAUAAUAAAUCCGCCGAAAUUUUCUUGAUUUCCCCCAGCAUUUGCCCGAAUUUCCACGGUUUUUGUUAUACGUGCUAUGCUUUUACAACUCUGUUUUCUAUUUAUAGAAAAAUCUUCACCGGGAAAUUAAGGAAGAAGUUCCAACAAGUCAGCCCAUCAUGAAACAAUGUAAAAAUUAUCUAUUCGUCCUUUCAGUUUUCUAAGAAUAUUAAAUUUUAUGCUUUUAAAUAACUAUUCUUUAUAAUUACAUCGAGUGGGACAGAUCGUUCGACUCCUCAACCAACAAAUAUGUUCAUAAUGAAUCAAUGUAAAAGAUCUAUAUUCACCCUUUCAUGCAAACAAUAUAAUUUUUUUAUUAUUUUAAAUAUUACUCUUCUCUCUAAUUAUAGCAAAAUCUACGGCGAAAAAGACGGAGGUUACGCCAAAGCAACCCGCAAGUAAUAUUAGAAUGAAUCAUGAUCAAAUGCAAUAAAUUUAGAUAUAAAUUCUAUAUUCGCCUUUUCAUGGGCUUUUGGAGAACAUUGUUAAAUUUAUAAUUUAUGCUUUAAAAUAACUCUUCUUAAUAAUUAUAGCAAAAUACUAUGUUCCAAGGCAUAUAUAAUGUUCGUAGUAAACAUGUGGAACAACAAAUCAAGCCAUAAGCAACUUUGCUAAGAAUUAAGAUUGUUCCACAAAGUAGUCAACUAGUAGUUAAAUGCUUGUAGUUAACUUGGCGCCUAAUCUGUGAUCUUUCUCAUAGCAAAAUCUGCUGUAUCAGAAAUGACAGUUGCUCCAACAACCCAAUCAACAAGUAAGUUCACAAUUAACCAAUAUGCAGUACUAAAAUUUUCUAAGUUUAAAGAUUAGUAAUGUUUGCAGUUACAAAAUGCUGGUGUUCAUAACAUCACCUUUCCACAGAGCACCAUCGAUAAUUAGAUGCCAAGAAGAUCGAUCAAAGCCGACAAUUUGAGAAUUUUUAAAUUUUGCUUAAUAAAGUACUAUUAUGUUCAUAUUAUACAGUCACAUGGUGAUAGUCUGUGGGCUCCAAACUUGCGCGGUAUAUGCAAGAUGAGAUCUUGCAGUUGUGAGGUAGAUAUUUAUUAAGCAUACCAAGCAUGCAAUUAGCUUUAGUGACUUUGUCGUACGUAUGUGUGUUCCAUUUCAGAUUACAACAAACUGUCGAUGUUGUAUAUUACAAAAUCUGAGAAUAAGGUAGCUCGAUUCCAACUGGCAGCCGCUGGUUGUUAAACUGUCUUGCGACGAAUGUAGUGUAAUUUGUAGUUUAAUAUUCUCUAACGCAGUGCGAGGUUGAAUGCAAAUUUCUGUUUUAUGCAUGCAUGCUUGCGAUUUUGAAAAAUCGUGGCCUUCUUUUGUGGCCUUCCGUGCAAAUGGUUCAUACUGGAAUUUACGUAUUUUUGUAAUGAACAACUGCGCGAGGUAAGUGCUAUUUAGUCGAGUUUUGACUAAAACGUCACGCCCAAGGUAGAAGUUUACGUGAUUAUUUGGAAUGUGGCAAAUACAGACCACACUUUUCCCCGGGUUGGGGGAAGUGGGAUUAAAUUUGAUUCUUGCGCUAAAUGAACAAAUAUAGUAAUUAUUAAUCUAUAUACAAAUAUAAAAAAGCCGGAUAGUUAAUUAGCGACUAAAUUUUUCAAUAGCCGGUUCGAUUAUUCAGCGUAUUCUGAAUACAAAUACCAGCAUGCUUUUCGGACGUGUUAUUGCAUAAUGUCCACAAUCAAGAAAAUACCCGCAAAGUAUCGUGGUAGUUGUGAAUACGUAAUAAUUAGGGGAACCGGCUAGUAGCUUUGUUUUGCAACUGGCGAUUUCGAAAAGUUUCAAAAACGUUCUAUCUUAUACCCAAAUUAGUCGCUUACACCAUCGCGUUGUGCAAUCCACCUUUUCGAUCUAUGAUAAAAAAUUCAGAAAGAAAUUGAUUAUGUCCGUAAUUUCUGGCCAUAAGUCUCCGAUAUAUGAUUUAAAAAUCCAUUAACGCGCACUUUAAUAUGUAUUAAAAAUAUACUGCUCUGGAAUCAACAUAAUGCCAUAUAGUGAUACUCAUUAAAAUAGACAGAAUAUUUUAUAUUUCAAGUUUAUUUUUCAUGCAUAUAGGAUUAUCAAUUACAUGUUUGCAAGGAUUUUUCAGAUUUUGUGGACAUUGAUAUUUUUUACUUUAAUGGCUUUCCUUCAAAGAGUAACUAAGACAAUUUUGGAAGGAGUCUCCCCGUCGAGCGAAUGGGCUCUGCUCCCGAAAUUCCCACCUAUGUUUAUCUGUUUCAUUGUUAAAGCCGUUUUACUCGAAUAUUGCGAAACGGCGAAUUGGUCAUUAACGCGUAUCUUUUUUGCCACUUAGCACAACCAGCUAAAGAAUUUCUCAUCUACAACAAAGGUCAUAACAAGUGCAUCUCAAUUGGAAAUGAAAGAAUCGCGGCAAGAUCGUGCAACCCGAUGACAGAUAGUCAAAGAUGGCGCUGGACACAAUAUGAGCAACUUCAAAGUAUUUUCAAUCAAACAUGUCUCAGCGUACGUGAAACACCAGUAAACUGGGUCCGUGUGAAAUUAUCCACAUGUGAUCGCCAUGACACAUAUCAAGUGUGGGAUUGCGUAGAUGACUUUGUCAGGUUGAAGGGCACAGUGUUAAACUUGAAUUACGGAAAUCUGCAAGGAGGAGACAAUGUUGUGUUGUGCAAUUUGACUGGGGGGUGGAGUAAGUGGAAGGUCUAUGGAGAAGACGUGCGUGUGUCUGAAAAACGGCCCCAAGGUAUAUUGACGAUAAAGGCUGGAUUCCAAUUACGCGUUUUUCAUACGUGCGUACACUCACGUAAAAGUUGAAUUCGCUUUUCAUCCUACUUAUGAAAUAACUAAAUUUAUAAUAGGACAGCAUUCAGUUUUGUGUAUGAUUUAAUGUCUAUUUGUUAAGGUUAUUUGCACUUAUAUGAAAUUUUAAGCGAAUUCAACUUUUACGUGCGUGUACGCACGUAUGAAAAACGCGUAACUGGAAUGCAGCCUUAAGUAGAGAUGUCAUGUGUUGCACGCUUUCAUUAUUGCAAGGGACGAGUUUUUGGAAUGUGCGCAUGCUUUUAACCCUUAAUUGCGUCCCUGGUCUGGGUCCUGCAACACUGAAUGUAUUUGACUUCGUUAUAAUUUACUAUAUAAUUUAUAAGGAGUCUCCCCGUCGAGCAAAUACAUGGGUCCGCUUCCGAAAUUCCCACGUCUGUUUAUCUGUUUCAUUGUUAAAGCCGUUUCACUCGAAUAUUGCGAAAGCGAAUUGGUCAUUAACGUGAUUUUUCUUUUAACGCGUAUCUUUUUGUCCACUUAGCACAACCAGCUAAAGAAUUUCUCAUCUACAACAAAGGUCAUAACAAGUGCAUCUCAAUUGAAAAUGAAAGAAUCGCCGCAAGACCGUGCAACCCAAUGACAGAUAAUCAAAGAUGGCGCUGGACACAAUAUGAGCAACUUCAAAGUAUUUUCGAUCAAACAUGUCUCAGCGUACGUGAAACACCAGCAAACUGGGUCCGUGUGAAAUUAUCCACGUGUGAUCGCCAUGACACAUAUCAAGUGUGGGAUUGCGUAGAUGACUUUGUCAGGUUGAAGGGCACAGUGUUAAACUUGAAUUACGGAAAUCUACAAGGAGGAGACAAUGUUGUGUUGUGCAAUUUGACUGGGGGGUGGAGUAUGUGGAAGGUCUAUGGAGUGGAUGUGCGUGUGUGUGAAAAACGGCCGCAAGGAUAUUGAAGAUAAAUACAGAUGUCAUGUGUUGCACGCUUUCGUCAUUGCAAGGGACGUCGACGAGUUUUUGGCCUGUCCACAUGCUUUUAAUCCUCGAGAAUAUCACACUUUUAUGCUUUCCAUAAAUAAUGUUUUUUUAUAAUUAUAGCAAAAUCUACACCGAAAAAGGCAAAUAGUAUUCCACACCAGAGACUAUUAGUUUAUUACAUCAUAUUCUUCCUUCAGGAUUUUCAAGAUUAUGAAUUAGUAUUUAAUUUAUUUAUUACUAUUUAGUUGUAUCAUAUAUAAAAAAUGCGAAUAUGUAAAGUCUUCAAAAUGUAAAGUCUUGUAAAUGUAUAUAGAGUGUUGAAAAUGUAGAGUGUUGAUAAUGUGGUAAUAAUAAGCCUUGAGAAUGUACAGUCCCUCAUGUACGCCCAUAUGACCAGAGUCGUAUCCAACAUUGCGAGGGGAGACAGCAACUUCCCCCAGAAAGAAAAUUUAAGUUACUAAUUUUAAAAACUUAUUAUACAAAUUAUUUAACGAAAUGGCGCUG